CAAAGAAGAAUCCUUCGUCCAUCGAUUUUAUAUACAAACUCAGCUCCUCUCAUAUCAGUCUCAGCCCGGGAAUAGGAAAGGCUUUGCAUCUUUUCAUAAUCACCAGAGAGAGAGAGAGAGAGAGAGAGAGAGAGAGAGAUGGAGAUGAAGCAAUCAUCAAAGUUCAAGAGGGUAUGUGUGUUCUGUGGGAGCAGCCAAGGGAAGAAGAGCAGCUAUAAGGAUGCUGCUAUUGAGCUCGGCAAAGAACUGGUGUCGAGGAAUAUCGAUCUAGUGUAUGGAGGAGGGAGCAUCGGAUUGAUGGGUCUUGUUUCGCAAGCCGUCUACAGCGGGGGCCGCCAUGUCGUCGGCGUCAUUCCCAAAACUCUCAUGCCUCCAGAGAUAACUGGAGAAACAGUGGGAGAAGUGAAGGCAGUCGCUGACAUGCACGAGAGGAAGGCAGAGAUGGCUCGACGUUCGGACGCCUUCAUCGCCUUGCCUGGGGGUUAUGGGACGAUGGAGGAACUUCUGGAGGUGAUAACCUGGGCCCAACUAGGCAUCCAUGACAAACCGGUGGGAAUGUUGAAUGUAGAUGGGUACUACAACCCCUUGCUGCAGUUCAUCGAUAAAGCAGUGGAGGAAGGUUUCAUCAGGCCCAAUGCACGCCACAUCAUUGUAUCUGCCCCUAGCGCCCGGGACUUGAUCAAGAGGAUGGAGGAGUAUUAUCCGCGCCAUGAAAGGGUGGCUUCGAAGCUAAGUUGGGAGAUGGAGCAACUGGCCUACUCUGCAAAUUGCGACAUCUCCAGAUGAACGAGAAAGAAAAAGGAAGAAAAUUGGAAAAGAAUGAUCCUGGUGAAUUAAGUAAAUUAAAAGGAUGACUCAAGAAUUGUGGCAUUCUGUACCCUCAUUGUUUCUCUUGUAAAUUAAAAGUUGGCCUCAAGACAAUGGGCUAUAAUCUAGACCAUGCAUUUAUUUAGCUGUAAAUUUUUCUAAUUCACUCUGAAUUUGGUAUA